AAGCUCGGAAGUCUGUUAGACUACACGGCCGACUUGAAGCGGCGCAAGAGCUUGGCCAAGGCGGCGUUCAGUCAGACGUGGAAAAUCUGGAUGCGGCGCGAGCUUGUCUCCGAGAGCAACUGCGCUCGGCUCUACAAGGCCUACGUGCUGUGCGGUGCUUCUGUAAACUGUGGCACGUGGGCCCUGACUCCGACGCAGCUCGAUGGCCACGAAGCCUUCCACCGCCGCCAACUGCGGCUGCUGCUCGGCAUCUUCUACCCGCACCUAAUCCUCGAAGCCGACUCGUACGCUCGCUGCCACAACGAGCCGCUCCGCGGCCUCGUCAAGCGCCAUCGGUGGCGUCUGUUUGGUCACGUCCUCCGCUCCCACACCGACACCCUAGCAAAAAAUGCCAUGACCGCCUACUUUGCACCGUCCAACGAAGCCAAGUUCACAGGCAGGACCAAGACAACGCUGCCAGUGGUGCUCCAUCGCGACCCCCAAUUCGUCGGUAGGUCAUUGCUCACCACCGAAGACCUCGACGUCAACCGCACCACAGCCCAAGAUCGAUGCGUGUGGAAGUGCCUGACCGAGAAGAUCACGACGACGAGCCUCGACCGCCGAUCGCCACCCACGACUGCUGGCACGGAUAUGAAUGUAGACGAU